AUGACUUGGCACAUGGCUUUAAUUGCCCUUGGCGGAUGCGCAUUCGUUGCCAGGAUGGUCUAUCGCAGCUUCAAUAAAUUUCCUUCUGGAAAAAUUCCUAUGGGAUUUGAACCCAAAAUGUCAUACUCAGAGGCCAUAAAUAUCCUUAAUAUCUCGGGAGCCCCUACUAAGGACAAGAUAAGACAGUUCCAUCGCAACUUAAUGCUAAAGAAUCACCCUGAUAACGGAGGCUCAACAUAUUUAGCCUCAAAAGUUAACGAGGCCAAGGAUUUUCUAAUAAAAUGA